CAAUACUACCUUUCAACUUCCGAUAUCUAAUGACACUGGCAAAAUUUCGAGAAUUGUGGUGGAUCCAAGGGAAUAUACAUCCGAGUGCAAAAUGGGAAGAAGCUUCUGAUGUCGAUUGGGAGAAAUAUGCAGAGCGAACUGACUUCUUUAAUGUACAUGUUUGGGAGUGGAUAAAUGGAAAUGUUUAUGUUUAUGAAUUGCCUUUAGGACCUCAUGAGACUUGUUCUAGAGCAAUUGGAAGGUUAAUUUGUUCGAAGGACCCAGAAAUGACACUCAUUAAUUUAGGAUCUACGCGAACAAGAGCCGGUAAUAUGGGAAAAGAGGCAGAUGGAUCUUUCAUACCAAAGCGCAAACCUAAUGUAAAUUCGCAUGGACGUGAGGGUCUAAAUUCUCAUAAACCGUGGCCCAAUCUUGCGAUAGAAGUUGCCUCCUCGGAAACUGAAGCCCAUUUAUUAGAUGCAGUAAAAAACUAUUGGCUCCAACCGGGUAGAGCUCAUGAUGCAAUUGCGAUAAAAUUAAUCCGAUGUGAUACGGUUAUUUCAAGAAUUAAAGUAUGGCAUUUUUGUACAGACAAUAGGAUAUCAGGAGAACUAGUGCCCGUUACAGAAUUUGGAUUUGAGACCAUUGAUGAUAACAACCAAAUUCUUAUUCAGCCUCAACAAUUUACUAUUAAUAUUAAUACAGAAUGUCUUUUUCAUGGAAUGCCAUCUGAUUUUCGUAUACCUGCAUCAAUACCUAACCCUCUUGAUAUAGAUUUUUAUUAUGUUUUAAGUAAUAUGGAAGAAGAACUUGUUAUUUCAUAA